AUGGCCGCGGCUUUUCGUGCAGCUGCGAUUCAACAGGCUAAGCGUGUCGGGUUUACUCAGCAGGCGUUGGAUAUCGCAGCAAAAGAAACCAAAUUAAGUCCGGCCAUCGCUAGUAUGAUGACGCCUGCUGAAUUGGGAAUCGAAACUUGCAUAUGUUUAAACGACUUGACUCUUGACUACUUGGCUGGAAAAAAAAUCGGCGAAAUUCCAAUGAAAGAAAUUGUUCUCCCAGUGGAAAAUGGCCCGGCGCUCGUAUCAGAGGUUCUCCACGCCUUUGGAAUUACAGUGGUUAUCCAACACUCAGACACUGACUCCGACUCGUCGUUUAAUGAUAAGAAGUUCAUCGUUAAUCGCGAAGUCAGUAGAGAAUUAAUCGGGAACGAUUUGAGGCCUGGUGAUUUACUGAUCUUUGUUGACGGAAAUCCUGUUGCUGAUAUGUGGAUGAAGAAAGUUUCUGGAGUCGUGCGGCUUUCUUUCGAGGAGAUGGAACGUAAAUCGAAACGCAAGCCAAAAAAGAAGAAAGAUCGUGCACCUUGUCCGACGCAGGUGGUAGCCUUGAUGGAGUCUUCCCAUGCUGAGUCUCCUGAUAGGAUUCUCUAUUUGAAUCCAGAUAAUGAGAAGACAACCAAAAUGGCGAGAUCAGCUGGUGCUAUUCUGACUAUAGGAGAUAUCAUAACGCGAAUAAAUUUGACGCACGAGUCUGCUUCAAAGAGCAGUGAGACUUCGAGUGGCACUGAAACUGUUUAUAUAUGGCUGUCUGCUGUCCACUUUUCCGAGCGAGAUUGUCAAGUAGCCGCGAAAUCCCUACGAGAUUUCUCUAACUUCCUUUACCUACCAGGGCAUCUUCAUCCAGCUUAUUUCGACUCCUUUUGCCAUAAUCUUUCUGAGCCGGAUCAGGCAGGACGGAACUGGCCAUUUCAAUAUAAGAAUCAUGGUUUUUCGUUGCCAGUUGAUAUACACGUUGACUUGGACGCAGCUCUUGCAGAAAUCGAUGCUGUCGAAUUUGAUUCAAUUUCAACUUCUGAUCAUUUUUAUCCUCGGAGAAAGUACUUUGUAAUAGGGUCGUGCUGCUUUUUAAAUAAUUUACUGGUCCGUUCACAUUCUUCGCAAGUCGAGCAACGGCUCAUCUGUAUCGCGCACUCCAUCGUCAAGCUUGAGCCUGACGAAAUUUUCUGCCAUGAGGUUUUCCUGGAUAAUCGCGCCAAAACAAGUCAAAUUGUUGGCUACGAAGAACCCGAGGGACGCUCUUAUGCGCUGGUGAUGGUUCAACACGAGCCUCACAUCCCAGGCCUUCCCACAGUAACGAUUGGCGCUCUUUUGGAAUCAUUUUACCCUAUAGAUAGAGCAAGUACUACUCCAAAGGUUGUUGACCCGAUGAUCACGCGUAGAUGCCGACAGGUUGCUAAAGUGAUUGCUCGCAAUGAGCGCCUCUUCAAUUGGAUUAAUUCUCCUGACGAUUUCUAUGCAACAAAGGAUACAAAUAUUGAGAGGAAUCAGCCAUCACAAAACUCUUUCUUUUCGAAAUUCUCGAAACCUGUUCCGCCGCCUAGCGAAUCCGGCUCAUACAAGUCAGGAAGUACAACUGCAUCGAUGCUUGGGCCUCUCAAUGCUGGAGAAUUACACACUCAUUUUGGCAACGAAGCAAAAACUUUUCAUGAGCCUAGCACUCAGAUUGUUGCUGGACCCAAUGGAAUCUCCUACUUUACGUGCUUUGUUGAAUCUGGAGUAAUUCUUCAACCAAAGACGGUUGGACUCUAUGUGUCACAAGAGCUGCUCGCCAACUUUCGAUCAACUAUCGAACAAAUGCGCCCACUUCUCGAGAAAUCAUCAAACUCAGAUGAGGAAGUUGGUGCCAUAAUAAAUGCUGGUUUCAAAAAGGGUUCCGGGCUUCUUCAAUACUGGGUUAUUGGACGAAAAGUCGAUAAAAAAUCACUCUUUAUUUGCAUUAACGCGCAAGUUCCACAGAACAUGAAUGAUAUUUCUCUCAAAUUCGCUUUUGGCUUACUUUUAUAA